AUGGAAACAGGGGACGACUGCAUCGCGAUCAAUGGAUGCACUUCUAGUGUCCUUAUUUCAAGGGUCACAUGUGGUCCGGGCCAUGGUAUAAGCAUUGGAAGUUUAGGUCACAAUGGGAAAUAUGAUGAAGUUGAAGGAAUACAAGUAGAUAACUGCACAUUUAUUAAGACUCAAAAUGGUGUGCGGAUCAAAUCAUGGCAGGGAGGGGCAGGUUUUGCAAAGAACAUCGUAUUUUCCAACAUAAACUUCAAAUUAGCUGACAAUCCUGUAAUUAUAGACCAAUACUACUGCCCUCACAAAAAAUGUGAUACCAAGGUUGGUGCUGUGGAAGUGAGUGAUGUGAAGUUAGUUCAUUGGACUCCAUGGAACGUCGGUGGCGAAGAACGCAACAAUAAACUUGAGGUGCAGCGAGACAGUGCCGUGUACGGGUAUAGUGCUCGACGACAUCAACAUCGAGAGUGUCGGUGA